GCCCUCCCUCCCUCCUCUCAUCCCCACUAGCUCCAGUCUCUCAGGGUACAUCUACAAAGAUACAGCUGCCAAGAAAGUGGAAAGGAGUGAACCAGAAGAUAAAGUACCCUGCUGUGGGAAGCUUGGCAAGAAUGAAGAUGGUCUCGGUGCUGCUGCUGCUGCUGAGCACCCUCCUGGGUAUCCCUGCGCUGCCUUCCCAGCGCCCUGCUUGUUACAAGAGGGCCCUCCAGGACCACAGCUGUCACACCAUCCCCAAAAACACGGAGAACCUCCGGCACAUCGACGAUGGGCUGCAAGAUCACUUCUGGGAAGGGAAGGGCUGUGAGGUGAUCUGUUACUGCAACUUGAAUGAACUGCUCUGCUGCCCAAAGGAUAUUUUCUUUGGACAAAAGAUAUCAUUUGUGAUCCCCUGCAACCGUCAAUGAUUCAAGUCUGCAAGUGAAGAUAACAGACAUCAUUCUAUGAUCCUGUAACAAUGUUUUCAAGUGGAAAAACUACCACCAACAAAAAACCCCCUCCUUUCUAACCACAAGUCACUGCCUCACUUUACACUGUAGAAAGAACUUCCUUUCUAUACCUUUAUGGAAUAUCAAAUACGUAAGACCUUUUCUUUUUGAAUUUGGUAGCUAAUUUCCAUAAAAACCAUUUCCAUGGUUUAACAGACUGUAGAAGCUCUUAAUGUAUCCCAAUAUACAUGUCCCAGCAAAAAGCAUAACUUUUCUUACUCAGCACACUAGUGUGGACAAAGAAACUUCAAGCCUAAGCCUUCAUGUUGUUAGGAACACGACUCUCAGAGCAACUUACGGCAGUGCAGCUUCCUAUUCCAUUAUUGCCAUCACACUUUUAAUGCUAUUUUAAGUUGAAGCCUGGCACUUCUGAAGAGAGGCUCCCAUGUUCUGUUUAGGCAUUUUAGAAUACAUGCACAUACAAAAGGCAUGCAUUUCCAUAUUUGAAAGGAAUAAAAAUAAUAGUAAAAAUUGACAUUAACAGUACUAAAGCACACUUAUGUCUAACUAGUCACCUGCUUUGACUAUGCAAUCUUUAACCCUUAAAUUGCUUAAUCUUAGCAUUCAGUAUUUAAAAAGAUUAGAACAACAGAUUUUAAAUCAAGCUCUAUUUGAAAUACAGUACCCCAAAAUUAAUUUAAAAUGCUGGCUUUUUUAGGCUAGUCCUGUAAGGCAAUAGCUACAGAAAAAAGAGAUAAUCAUCUUAAUACUCAAGAGGUAUUGUGACAUGAGACAGAUACAGAGACAUAAAUUUUUGAACAUUUUUCUGUUAUAUGGCAAUCUAUAUUGGCAGAUGUUGAGAGGUGACCACAUAAUUUUAAGCAGUAACCUGAACAAGCCAUUCUUACAGGCAGCAAACCUGACUUGCUGCCUUACACAUAUAAACUCUUCAGCUAUCAAGUCAGUCACAUGGAAAGUGUGCAGUACUGAAGGAGCUGUGCAGUCUUAUCAAAAAAAAAAGCAUUGUUCACUUAAUAAUCUUGCACAUUGGCUCAAACUGCUGCAACCAGUUUGCUAUACCUACUUCAUGUGUCACUAUGAAAUAUCACCACGACUGUUUUUCUUCUUGUUAAUAAACUGGUUGGAUACUGGGUGAGUGGGAUGAUUACACACAGCCAAUAAUAAAUGUCUCAAGUAAA